UGAAAUCAGAGCUUCAAUUUUAAUGUACAAAUAAAGAAUCGAUUGACAACUUGUAAAAAUACCUUCUAAGCACGAGGCAAAAUGGCUUCACCAGCAGCAGCUCAUUCAUCUCCUGACUCGUCGCAACUAUCUGACCACUCACAAACUACACAAACUAGCAUUUAUCGAUCACCCCAAAUGAGAAAGGAAGCAUUGAGGAGUAAAUACUUGAAUGCACAAGCUCUUCAGAGCAAUGUCAACAUUAGGACUCUGGAAAAUUUAGAAGAAAUAGUUGCUGAAGUUGACACAAUCAAUGGAGAAGGUAGUCUGGAAGAAAAACUCCAGGAUCAAGGAGAAGUUCUCCUGGAUUCUGAAAUCAUGAGUGUUUCUUCCAAUGUCAUAAAAAAAUGUACCUUCUCUUUGUCUACAAACAUCAACAGUUAUGAUCCAAUGGAGUUUGCUGAUAAUAUAAAAAGUUAUCUGUGCCGUUUACCUGAUUCUGUGUCAGUUGGCUCAGAUUUGCCCGACUGGUCUCUUUUAGGGAAAACUGUGAUGAAGCUUUUUAGGAUAACACCAAAGCUAACUAUGUUCUUGGGCACAUUGAGACCCAUUCCAAAAAAAGAAAAAACCAAGCCGCGAAAAGUGGUGAGAGAAGCUCAAGCUCCUACCAAGAGGCCUGAAAAAGUCAUCGUUCUCGACAAAGUUGAAGACAGCGUUGAACAAAUCGUACAUGCGAUUUUAAUGAUAAUUAAAAAUUAUCAAAAACAGCACAACAAGCCACUUGACUUUUUUUCUCUAGUCCUGCAUCCUACUGAUUUUGGUAAAACUGUGGAGAACAUUCUACAUGUUUCUUUUCUCAUACGUGAUGGUCUUAUUAAAUGUACCAUAGAUGAGGAUGGAAUCCCUUAUCUUCAAAAAUCUAACAAGGACGAAGUGGAAGAAGCCAAUAAAAAGAAUACAAGAAAUGUUCAAAAUGUCCUGUCUAUGACGAUGAGACAGUGGAAAGCACUGGUUAACGCCUACGGAAUGGUCAAGCCUAUGAUUGACAUAAAAUUAAAUUAUAAUAAGAGUAAAUAA